AUGAGCAUCACGGACAUUCUAAGCCCUUCUGAUAUUGCUGCUGCUCUGCGGGACUGCCAAGCUCCAGAUUCCUUUAGUCCCAAAAAAUUCUUUCAGAUCAGUGGGAUGUCUAAAAAGAGUAGCAGUCAGCUCAAGGAGAUCUUCCGGAUUCUCGACAAUGAUCAAAGUGGCUUUAUUGAGGAAGAUGAGCUCAAAUAUUUUCUUCAGAGGUUUGAAUGUGGAGCCAGAGUAUUGACCAGUUCAGAAACUAAGACCCUCUUGGCAGCUGCAGAUCAUGACGGGGAUGGUAAAAUUGGGGCUGAAGAAUUCCAGGAACUGGUGCAGUCUUAGAGGUGCAGAGGGAACAAACAAGAUAAAACUGGGAUGAAUCUGCAAGAGAAACUCUAAAACUUUGAAAAUCAGGAGUCCCUUAUUUAUUUAUUUGACAGUGUCUGUUACUUGUUCACUGCUUUAGCAACAUAUUGAAAUGCUGCUUAAUGAUUUUUUCAUUGUGUGGACCAUUUACAAUGUUCUAAACUCUACUUCA